AGUCUACCGUUUGUUUUCAAAUCUACCAUCGCUCUUUCGUUUUUGAUGUCCAGAAAUGUCACCGUAUCCGUCAGGGUUCGAUUGUGCGGGUGAUCGAUGUCCUUUGCCUUGAGGCGAGAUUAGAUGUAUUCGAAUUUGGGAUCAUUAGGUGAUGUGUCGGCGGUGAAUGGCAGCAGUGAUCGUUGCUCAUCGAGCACCACAGUCGAGAACUUAGCAUUUGGGGUUUCGUUUGACGGCCGCGGACAGUUUCCGGCCGGAAAUUGACACCGUGGUGUCGGAAUGGAUGCGUUGCUCUUGACUGUAUCUAGUUUCUGCUUCAGAGUUUCACUGUGAACGUGUGGCAUUCGUUCAUCACAAUUCAACAAUUGGCUCGCAUUUUCCUGAAUUAGGUGUCUUCUCUGACUCGUAUCGAAGGAUGAGCGGCAUUGAUGUGCAUUUCUAAGAAAAUAUAGGCUUAAGAUUCUCUGACUAUCACUUUGAGGACUGCUCAUGUCAGGGGUGUUCCCUGAGUGGAAGUUGUGGAAGGGCAUGAGUUUUCAUUUCUUACAGAUCACAAGUGUUGGUGGAUGCCUACCUUCACAAGCGAGUAGUCAUAUAUGUAUUUUUUGCUACAUGAUAUGAGCAUUGCACGAUAGCUCCUGCUCACGUAGUGUGAAUGAAUUAGGGGUCCAUUUGGGUGAAUUGUUACGUGGAAGCUCAAACGGCUUUCAUCAGCACUGCUCAUUAUCAGAGUCUUCCGCAAUGGCUAGCAAUGGAGGAGGUAGAAGAACCAGAGGGGUGGUUCCUGAAGCCUCCGCUCGGGCUGCGGCGCUUUCUGAGCUCAAGAAGCUUAAGGAUGAAGGUGGACGUCGGGUAAACAAUUACCAGGUUAGAGAGGAAGAUAAAAUAUACGACUCUCUGUCGGAGGCGGAUUACAACCUUCUCGUCCUUAAGAGAAGAGAGGAAGUUAAGAAUUUUGUGGUCGCUGAUGAUGGAUUAGGUUACGCGGAUAUUGGAGAGGAGGAGGACUGGAAUGUGGAUCAGUAUUGCGGCGACAGCGAGGACGACGAUGCAGACACAAACAAGAAGAAAAAGAAAAAUGCAGAUGAGGUCAAGAAAGAUGCGCCAAACAGGAAAGCAGCUGCUUUGUCAGCGGCUGCAUCUCUGAUAGGAAAGCAGCGCCUUGCAAGCAUGUUCACUUCUGCUUCAGGAAUCCCUUCUCUUGGACGACGUCUAAGGGACGAUAAAGGAGUCAACACGGAGUCCAUUUUGGAUGAUGUGCUUGCAGAUGUUUCUGCUGACGAUGUCGAUCGCGAAAGAGAGAAGCGUCGACGACGUGCAAAUUUCCGCCCAUCAACAUCUGUGCAGGAUGUGGUGUUUCAACCUAUACCGGAGAGGAUGGUUGUUAAUAUUGCCGAGAAAUCCACACCCGGAAGCCAGAUUACUAGUUCUUCUCGCCCGAAUACAGAUAUUCCGCUGAGCAACUAUCUGGAAGAAACGAACGCAUCUGAAGGUCCCUCUGUUUCAACUAUUGGCCAAGAGUGUGUUACGGAUAUCUGCGACAAUCUCGUUCAAAUAGAUAAAAACGAGGCCAUCAACGAAGAGGUUAAGAAAGUUGUUUCAGAUAAUAUAGUCCUUGAUAUGAAACCAGAGAAGAAAGCAGAAACUGUGGUUCUCAAUGCCAAAAUAUCCAAAGUGGAAGAUACAGGGAAAGGAGCAAUGGCAGCGUGGCAUGCAAUCAGCAAGGGCACUGCAGGAAAUAAAUCUGUUGUAGAUAUUAAAAAAGAGGAGGAGUUGACCGAUCAGGUUAUAUGCGAUGGCAAUAGUCUACCGUUGGAUGCAGAAAGUCGGCUUCCCUUCUUUUUGCUAGACGCCCAUGAAGAACCAUAUGGAGCUAAUCCUGGCAUUAUCUACAUGUUCGGAAAGGUGCCAGUUGGUGGAAAGUACGAAAGUUGCUGUGUAGUAGUGCGGAACAUGCAACGCUGUGUGUAUGUUGUGCCUACCCCGAGUAUUUUCCCCUCGAAUUCCAUUGCAGAACUCGGACAAUUAGCAUCCUCUGACCAGCCUGCAGAAAAGAUAGCUUUCAAAGCGAAGCUUCAGGAAUUGUCAACAGAUCUAAAGCAGGAAAUGGCCGAAAAGCUUAUGGACUUGGAUGUUGCUCAGUUCAGCAUGUAUCCUGUAAAGCGCUCUUACGCAUUUGAAUGUCCAGAAGUACCAACUGGAGAGAAUUAUUUCAUGAAGCUCAUGUAUCCUUUUAAGAAUCCUCCCCUUCCAAGUGAUUUAAAAGGACGGAAUUUCGUGAAGGUCCUUGGGACACAUACAAGUGCAUUGGAACUACUGCUAAUAAAGAAGAGAAUCAAGGGGCCCUGCUGGCUUUCAAUUGCUGCGCCUCAGCGUGUUGCAAGCUCAUCGCAGAUUAGCUGGUGCAAAAUCGAAGUAAAUGUGGAAGAUCCCAAGGACCUGAUGGUGGCCCUUCCAGGAAAGGGACCGUCAGGAAUCCCACCACUGACUGUGGCCUCUCUCAACCUCAAAACUGUUAUUAAUUACAAACUCAAUGUCAAUGAGAUAGCCUCUGUUUCAGUGGUCUACUGCAAGCGAGUCAAGGUGGAUGCUCCCAUGCCUCUUGCUGAGUGGAACAACCGGGAUAUGCUGAGCCAUUUCAGUAUUGUGCGAAAGUUGGACGGUGGGAUAUUUCCUAUGGGUUUCGCAUCCGAGGUUGCGAAAGUAAACAGCAAUUCUGUGAACACUCUCAAUGCAGAGAGCAGUGAAAGAGCUCUGUUAAACCUGCUGAUGAUCAAAUUGCAUCAGCUUGACGCGGAUGUGCUUGUCGGACAUAAUAUAUCUGGGUUUGACCUUGAUAUUCUACUUCAUCGGCUGCAGGCCUGCAAAGUGGCAAGCAACGUAUGGUCAAAAAUAGGUAGACUGAAACGAUCCCAAAUGCCUAGGCUGAAUGGAGGGGGGUCAACAUUUGGCUCUGGUGCAAGUCCUGGUGCCCUGACGUGUAUUGCAGGCCGUCUCCUAUGUGACACAUACUUGUCCUCUCGAGAGCUCCUAAGAGAGGUCAGCUAUUCUUUGACUCAGCUGGCAAAGAGUCAGCUGGGUCGAGAGAGGAAGGAGUUGGUCCCUUCAGAAAUUCCUGGAAUGUAUGGGAAUUCUUCGUCUUUGUUGGAACUGAUUGAAUCUGGAGAGACAGAUGCAUGGCUGUCCUUGGGACUCAUGUUUCACCUUAGUGUAUUGCCACUGACUCGGCAACUCACCAACAUCAGUGGUAAUCUGUGGAGCAGGACGCUACAGGGAGCUAGGGCACAGAGAGUGGAAUAUCUUCUACUACACGAGUUCCAUAUUCGAAAGUUCAUACUUCCUGAUAAGCUAUCCCAAAAGGAGAAGGAGAAGGAGGUUGGUAAGAGGAAAGCAUCAGCACAAUCCGAUAGAGAUGUACCACCAGAUGGUGAAGAUGGUGACAAUCGUGACGCUGGCCUUGAUAAUGCAACCGCCAAGAAGGGGAAGAAAGGACCUGCUUAUCUUGGUGGAUUAGUCCUGGAGCCCAAAAAGGGUCUGUAUGAUAAAUAUAUCUUGCUGCUAGACUUCAACAGUUUGUAUCCCUCCAUCAUUCAGGAAUACAACGUCUGUUUCACUACUGUGGAAAGAACUGUCACUGGUUCAAUACCCUCAAUACCUUUGAGUGAUGUACCAGGUGUACUACCUCAGGUGUUGAAGGGUCUUGUAGAGCGAAGGAAGCAAGUGAAGGGGUGGCUUAAGAAGACAACUGAUAUUUUGAAGUAUCAGCAAUUCGAUAUCCAGCAGCAAGCUCUUAAACUCACUGCCAACAGUAUGUAUGGAUGCCUGGGCUUUACUAAUUCAAGGUUUUACGCCAAGCCUAUUGCCGAACUUAUUACUGCCCAGGGACGUGAGAUAUUACAAAGCACUGUGGAUCUAGUGCAAACUUCUUUAAAUCUAGAGGUAAUAUAUGGAGAUACAGAUUCUAUCAUGAUUCACUCAGGGUUGGAGGAUCUUGCAGCAGCAAAAUCGAUUGCCAUGAAGGUCAUCAGAGAGGUGAAUAAAAAAUAUAGGCUCUUGGAAAUUGACCUGGAUGGAGUUUACAAGCGGAUGCUUUUGCUCAAAAAGAAAAAAUACGCUGCUGUCAAGGUGCAAUCUAAUAGCGAUGGUAGUGUUACAGAGGUUAUAGAACAAAAGGGACUUGAUAUUGUGCGACGAGACUGGAGUUCACUUUCUAAAGAGAUCGGAAAUUACUGCUUGGAACAAAUCUUAUCUGGCGGGUCUCGCGAAGAAGUAGUGGAUGCCAUCCACUCUCAACUACGGAAGCUACAAGAAGACAUGAGGAAUGGGCAGAUUGAACUGGAUAAAUAUGUUAUUACUAAGUCUCUUACUAAACAACCCGAGGACUAUCCAGAUGGAAAAAACCAACCCCACGUUCAGGUGGCACUGAGGCGGAAGCAGAGUGGGCAUCGCAUUUCCCCCAAUGACACUGUGCCGUAUAUCAUCUGUAUUAAGAAGGGCUCAGAGAGACCUCAAUCUGGAGGAAUUGCAGAUAGAGCAAGGCAUCCAGAUGAAAUCAAGGAAGAAAAUUCUGAUUGGUUGGUUGAUGUUGAGUACUACAUCUCUCAGCAGAUUCAUCCUGUUGUAUCAAGACUUUGUGCACCUAUUGAAGGAACUAAUGCUGGGCAUAUUGCUGACUGCUUGGGAUUGGACUCCGCCAAGUUUCUUCAACGACAAGCGGCAACUACUAUUGACAUGGAUUCAGCUCGUCUUACUUCAGCUUCCAUGCUUGAAGAUGAUGACAGGUACAAGCUUUGUGAGCCGUUGGAGUUGGUCUGUGCACAAUGCUACAAGAAGUAUGUGUUUCCAGGUGUGACUGAAAUUCUCUCAUUAAUUGCCACUCCGAAGGGCACCUCGAGCCCAGCUGCAGCAUGUCCCGACCCCUUGAUGUGUGACCAAUGCAAUCAAUCUGGUGGAUUAAAUCGGGUCUCUCCGGCCAUGUUGGCUAACCAGGUCAAACUGCGAGCUGAUGAAUUUAUUAAGCGCUACUACGAGUGCUGGAUGAUGUGUGAUGAUGAGAUGUGUGGCCACAUCACUCGGAAUAUCACAUUACAACGUGUGGGAGAUGCUGAAAAGGGGACUGUCUGUCCUCUCUAUCCUCGCUGUAAUGGUCGACUUCGUCGCCAGUAUACGGAGGCACAUUUAUACAAUCAGCUGACCCAGUUUUACCGCUUAUUGGAUGUUUCUCGUGUUCUUGAGAAGAUCGUGGACUCCGGGGAGAGAAUGGCCGCUGAGCAGAAGUUGGCUCCUGUGCGUACCGCUACAGAUCUGGCUGUGUUGACCAUCAACAACGUUCGCAACAAGUGUGCCUAUAGAUUCAUUAAAUUGCGUGACCUUUGUGUCACUGUGUCUGACCCAUGGGCUACUGUUUAGCCUGUCCAGUUGAACUGCUCUUGUAGAAGCAAAGAGAAUAUUAGAUGCAAUUUGCUUGCCUUAAUUCAUAUAUCUUCCAGGUACUUAGGUCGUCGAUUAGUUUUGGCUAUGAUACAACGCAUGCACCGGUCUUCAGGAGGAAAUUAUCCAGUGAUUAGAUACAUAUUUUAGCCGUGACGACCGUAAUCUACCUCAGCGGUUCUCAUGAUUUUACUACCUUUGAUGACCGUGAAUAGGCUGAAGAUUACCAUUCACGAUAAUUGUCAGUACUUUGUGACCUCGCCUGCCUUACCGGAGACGACCGCCUUUUAGAUUCCCUCACACUGGUUGCCUUUCGUGAAAGGCUGUAAAUUUCUUAGUGCAAUCCUCUGCAGGUGCCGUGCCGGUCAUGGGUUGAUUUCCAAAAGGAUGUAAAUUAGCAUCAGGCUGUGCAUCAUGAACUGUAGCAGUUGUGCAGUUAUUUUCUCACUAUGUACGUCCGGUUAGUAACAUGUGUCAAUUGAGACACAUUCUAAACAGAAAGUGUUGCUCCGGAUUUUCCUGUUGGUCCCUAUUUUAAUUCGAGUCGUAUUAUGUUUGGAUUAUCUU